UUCACUUCCUCCUAGUCAGAGCUGUAUCCGGGUCGUUUUCUCCCCAUUGUCUCUGACAGUCGGCCCUCGACUGUGGAAAUUUUGGGUCUUUCGUUACUUCUGGUGCAGGCUAAUAAAAGUUUUCUUUUUAUUUCCAGUUUUUACCGGGGCAGUUCCCCUCGCUGGGCGGCCGGUUCGGGCCUGGCUCCCUUGGCCGGAGAGCGCAGGGGAAGGGGCGCCGGGCGGGCGCGGGGCGGGGGAGGGACGGCAGCCCGCCCCCGGGUAGCCCCUGCUCGGUCGGCGCACCGCCCUGCCUAAAUAGCGGCUUCCCGACUUGCCUCCUUGGCCCUCUGCGUCCCUGCUGCCUUGCCUCCCGCAACCUUCCCUAGGUCUCCAAACGACCACCUCACGGAUUCCUUAUGGAUCGCAGCUCCAAGAGGAGGCAGGUGAAGCCUUUGGCUGCUUCUCUCCUGGAAGCUCUUGAUUAUGAUAGUUCAGAUGACAGUGAUUUUAAAGUUGGAGAUGCUUCAGAUUCUGAAGGGAGUGGUAAUGGAAGUGAAGACCCUUCAAAGGACAGUGGAGAAGGCUCCUGUAGUGAUUCUGAGGAAAACCUUUUAGAAGAAGAACUGAAUGAAGAUAUUAAAGUAAAAGAAGAACAGCUUAAAAAUUCUACAGAGGAAAUAAUGUCAUCAGACAAACAGUUAAUUAAAAUGGAGAAGAAGGAAGAAGAAGAAAAUGGAGAAAGACCUAGAAAGAAAAAGGAGAAAGACAAGGAGAAAGACAAGGACAAAGAAAAAGCAACAGUAUCUGAUAGUGCAGCUGCUUCUGCUGCUGGUACCACACCAGCCACAAGCCCUCCUGCUGUUACCUCCCCUUCUGUCCCUACCACCACCACCACGGAAGAACAAGUCAGUGAGCCCAAGAAAUGGAAUCUUCGUCGAAACCGGCCCCUUUUGGACUUUGUAUCCAUGGAAGAGCUGAAUGAUAUGGAUGAUUAUGACAGUGAGGAUGAUAAUGACUGGAGACCUACCGUAGUAAAGAGAAAGGGGAGAUCGGCAUCUCAGAAGGAGGGCAGUGAUGGAGACAAUGAGGAUGAUGAAGAUGAGGGAAGUGGGAGUGAGGAAGAUGAGAAUGAUGAGGGCAAUGAUGAAGACCAUAGCAGCCCUGCUAGCGAAGCAGGUGGCAAGAAGAAGAAGAGUAAAGUUCUUAGCAGAAACAGUGCUGAUGAUGAGGAACUGACCAAUGAUAGCCUGACCCUAUCUCAAAGCAAGAGUAAUGAGGACUCGCUGAUUCUUGAGAAGAGUCAAAACUGGAGUUCUCAAAAAAUGGACCACAUUCUGAUUUGCUGUGUUUGUCUUGGAGAUAAUAGUGAAGAUGCAGACGAAAUAAUUCAGUGUGACAAUUGUGGCAUUACAGUUCAUGAAGGUUGUUAUGGAGUGGAUGGGGAGAGUGACUCUAUUAUGAGUUCGGCUUCUGAAAACUCCACUGAGCCUUGGUUUUGUGAUGCCUGUAAAUGUGGUGUAUCUCCUAGCUGUGAACUAUGUCCUAACCAGGAUGGGAUUUUCAAGGAGACAGAUGCUGGAAGAUGGGUCCACAUCGUUUGUGCCCUAUAUGUUCCUGGAGUAGCAUUUGGAGAUAUUGAUAAAUUACGACCAGUAACAUUAACAGAAAUGAACUAUUCUAAAUAUGGUGCCAAGGAGUGUAGCUUUUGUGAAGAUCCCCGCUUUGCUAGAACUGGAGUUUGCAUUAGCUGUGAUGCGGGCAUGUGUAGAGCCUAUUUUCAUGUUACCUGUGCCCAGAAGGAAGGCCUGCUUUCAGAGGCAGCAGCAGAAGAGGAUAUAGCAGAUCCAUUUUUUGCUUAUUGUAAGCAGCAUGCAGACAGGUUAGACAGAAAAUGGAAAAGAAAAAACUACUUGGCUCUACAAUCCUAUUGUAAAAUGUCAUUGCAAGAGAGAGAAAAACAGCUGUCUCCUGAAGCACAGGCAAGGAUCAAUGCUCGACUGCAGCAAUAUCGUGCCAAGGCAGAGCUGGCUCGAUCUACCAGACCACAAGCCUGGGUUCCAAGGGAAAAGCUACCCAGGCCACUCACAAGUAGUGCUUCGGCCAUUCGUAAGCUUAUGCGCAAAGCAGAACUGAUGGGAAUCAGUACAGAUAUCUUUCCAGUGGACAACUCAGAUACUAGUUCUAGUGUGGAUGGAAGGCGGAAACAUAAGCAGCCAGCUCUCACUGCUGACUUUGUGAAUUACUAUUUUGAGAGAAAUAUGCGCAUGAUUCAAAUUCAGGAAAAUAUGGCUGAACAAAAGAAUAUAAAGGAUAAAUUAGAGAAUGAGCAAGAAAAGCUUCAUGUAGAAUAUAAUAAGCUUUGUGAAUCGUUAGAGGAACUGCAAAAUCUGAAUGGGAAACUUCGAAGUGAAGGGCAAGGGAUAUGGGCAUUACUUGGCCGAAUUACAGGGCAGAAGUUGAACGUACCAGCAAUCUUACGAGCACCUAAGGAAAGAAAACCAAGUAAAAAAGAAGGAGGCACACAGAAGACAUCUACUCUUCCUACAGUGCUCUAUAGUUGUGGCAUUUGUAAGAAGAACCAUGAUCAGCAUCUUCUUUUACUGUGUGACACCUGUAAACUGCAUUAUCAUCUCGGCUGUCUUGAUCCUCCUCUUACAAGGAUGCCUAGAAAGACGAAAAACAGUUAUUGGCAGUGCUCAGAGUGCGACCAGGCAGGGAGCAGCGACAUGGAAGCCGAGAUGGCCAUGGAAACCUUGCCAGAUGGAACCAAACGAUCAAGGAGACAGAUUAAGGAGCCAGUGAAGUUUGUUCCUCAGGAUGUGCCACCAGAACCCAAGAAGAUUCCAAUAAGAAACACGAGAACCAGAGGACGAAAGCGAACCUUUGUUCCUGAGGAAGAGAAACAUGAGGAAAGAGUUCCUAGGGAACGAAGGCAGAGGCAGUCUGUGUUGCAGAAGAAGCCCAAGGCUGAAGACUUAAGAACUGAAUGUUCAACUUGCAAAGGAACUGGAGAUAAUGAGAAUCUCGUCAGAUACCCUUCAUGAGACCCAACUCUGCCACAGCUCAUCCUCGGAGGCAAUCCCGGAAACCUCUUUUAUAAGUGUGAUUUUAAAAAUGUGGAUAAAACUCUCAAUAGAGCAUAUAAACUAAAGGAGAACAGCUAUCUUGUCCUUCCCAUAAGCUUAUCACUGCAAAAAGUGCUUUUGCUUGUCAAGUUUGGAUAGAAUGUAAUUGAUUGGUUUAUUAUAUGGGUAGACAAGGCAGUUAAUUUGCCUGUGUGGAUUUUUUCCCUUUUUCUAUUUUUCUUUUCUCUCUCUCUCUCUCUCUCUCUCUCUCUCUCUCUCUCUCUCUCUCUCUCUCUCUCUCUCAUUUUCUCUUUCUCCUUUCUCUCUCUCUCCUUUUUCUCACUCUCUGUUAAAAUAUUGAGAAACACUUGGUGUAUGCAUUAUUAAAAUCAAUAGUGGUAAUGUCUUGUCAGAAUUAUAUUAGUGGGUAAAUGUCUUCCCUCUUGUUUCUAUGGCAAAAGACAAUACAGUAUUUGGACUGAAAACUAAAGGAAGCCAGUGAGACUUACCUGCUGUGUGCUUCCCUGUUACUGAAUGGUUAUCCCUCUGUUAUUUGUUUGUAAAAAGGACAGUGCUUCCCACUGCUCUGCAAGUCUCUAUCACCUCAUUUACUACGUGUAUUCACACACAAGAACUACUCUAGACUCAGAUUUAAUGCUAUUUCUAUUUGUGUAUUCAGCAAAAGUGAAAGACUGGUGAAGAUUACAACUCUUUGAGUACUGUGGAAGCACUUGAUGUCAGCACGGACAUUUUAUAACUAGAAUUUAUACUCAAGAAUGAACAUAGUAUCUGUAUUAGUCUUUAGGUAUUUUUUCAGAAAUACCCAAAUUUAUUCCUUAUCAUUUUAUUUAAUAUGAACUUGCUGUGUUCCAUAUAAUUUUACUUUUUGAAUUUAAAUGUGAAUCUAUGACAUGAGGGAAAUACAGAGCUUGUUGAGUAUACAGCCUGCCUGCUGAAAGAUCUCCACCAGCCCCUGUGUCUUCCCAAUGGUUCACAGAGUUUACAUCCUCACGCUUUACUGAUCCUGUGUUAAGUCAACGAAUAUUGCGCUACUUAAUCUUGAACUGAUUUAGAAGAGACUGCUGAAAUUGAAAUGCACAUAUACAUGUAAAUUGUCUCUUGAAAUUCCAUUGUUUAUCAUUGUGGGUUUGGAUCUUUUCAGGUACAAGGGCAUUUAGGAUUAGAAUAGCAAAUUCUGUAGAUAAAUGUAAGUGUAAUUGUAAAGCUGGUGUAUCUAGUAAUCUGUAGUUAUAGGAACCAUAUGAUUGGCUAAAAUGUUUAGUAAAAUUAAACAUGUAUAAUGUUUAAGGAUACUUGUAAUUUAUUGAUCUUAUUGCACUGGAAAAAAUACUCAUAAUCCUUUGGAAAAGCAGUAUACUUACCUUGAGUAUAAGGAAGAAUCAAUUGACAUUACUUAACUUAGAGAAAAGAUGGUGAACUCCAGCAAAGUUUAAGGGAAAUGCUAGUGGAUGCUUACCAUUUUUCAAAUGAGCUAUGCUUUAUUCCACUUGUCUUUUAGCAUAAGGUAAGAAAACUAAUGGAUAAUUUUUAAUUUAGGGUUUCUUUUUCUCUCUCAUGGGUUUCUGCAUGGUUGUACUGGCAGUGUUAACCAAAAGUCCUUCCACAUUGGUUAUAGUUAGAGCAGUGUAAUUGUCAUUCUUCAUCAUUCAGUUUUUAGUGGUAGAUUAUACUCUUUUAAGUUUGGUUAAAAAAAAAAAAACCAUGUUACAUGUUUGUCACAUGUUACAGAUACAAACUGCACAGUUCCUACAUGAUAUAUUCUUAAAAGUCCCUAUCAGAACAGAAUGGAGCAUUUCUUUUAAUAGUAUCCUAAAUGAAAUACAAAACUCAACAUUUGCACGUUAUUGGUCUUUUGCUGUUCAAGAGGAAAAUUAAUGUUUCUCUGAGAAGCAUUUCUAAGUAAUUUAUAUCUUAUAAAUAUACAUAAAACAAUGACAGCUCAGGUAUUUGACAGUUAUUUCCUGCAGGAUAGGAAACGGAAGAAAUAUUAAAAUGUCAGGAAGGGGUUGAUAUUUUAAGGGAGAGUGUUUAAUUGGUAAAGUGCCGUAUUAGCAUCAGUGCUUACCCAUGUGAAAAGCUGGCACAGGCUUAUAACCCUGGCAAUACAAACCACAGACAGAAGGAUCUCUGUGAUUGACUGGUCAGCCACCCCACAUAUGUGGCAAAUACCAGGCCAACGAGAGACCAUAUAUCAAAAAAAAUGUGUUGGAAGAUUUCUGAAGCUGUAUGGCAGAUCAACACAUGCAUACUCACAAGCGUGCGCUCAUGUACACACACACACACACACACACACACACACACACACAAAUACACACGAUAUUACCUCCCCUAACACAUAAUAUUGUGAAAGAAAUUAAGUGCCUCUGAAUUACAAUAUGGCUGAUAUGGUAGUAAUAUAUCAGAGUCACAGGGAGAAUUUUUUAGGACUCGGUUGGCAACUAUCUUCCCCUUAUUUUCCGGCUCCACCAAAUUUUCUCUCUGUGGCUUUCUGGAGUUUCUAAUUCUGUAGGUCUGUGAUGAAACUCAAAAAUCUGAGUUUGUAGCAGGUUUCAAAUAUUGUUGAUUUAGCUGGUCAAUGACAGUUCUUUGAGAACAAUUUAUAUAGAGUUAUUUGUUUAAAAUAAUCAUUGAUUUAUUCAGUGUUGAUUAUUAAUGAAUGUGGGUUUAAUGCCUUUAAGGUGCUCUUAGAUUUCUCAAAAGAUUUGUUUUUAGACAGAAGGUUUGUAGAAAAGUAGUGUCUUCUGAAACACAUAAAGUACAACUUCCUUAAUUUAAAAAAACAUUCAUUUAAACAUUUAUUUCACUAUGUAGAAACACUGCUUGCCAAAAAUGUCAUAGAGUUAUGUAUGAUAUGAAAAAAAUAUUUACCCUUAGUGUGUAUUGAGUUUAAGUUUAGAUAUUUAUGCAUCAAUUAUUUAUCACCACAUCUUGUGUUUCUUGAAUGUGUAUCUGAAACUAUAUGUGACAUAAGAAUAGAUUUCUGACAAAUAAUGUUUACAUUUGUUAACUUACUUUCCUGUUUAUGCAACAGUGAAAUACGUUUUAAACAUGCAGAUUUACAAACUGUAAACACACACACACACACACAGAGAAAGAGAAAUACAUACCCCUCAUAAGUAUGUUUUACUUGACUCACAUAUGAAAAUAUUUCACCAAAAUCUGUUUUAAGUUCAGAAGGAUUCUGCAACAGAUUAGAUUAACAUUUUCUGAGACAUUUUCAGUUUUCUGAAAUUGUUUUUGACUAUUGAAACUUGUUUUAAGAGACUUCCACAAGACACAUAAAGACAUAACAAGACAUAUGAAGGCAGAAUUUAUCUAUAUCUGCCUAAGUCGCUAUUUUGUAAAUUUACAUAUUUGUAAGGAAUGUGAAUGGAGAUGGGAUUUACAAGUGGUUCUUUAUAGAAAAAAAAAAAAUUACGCUUUUUCCUGUAGUGAUCACCUCAAGGUGCUCUGUAAUCCUGUCAGUAAGACUGCUGUUCAGGUACAGAGGAUGUAAUGAAAUUGAAUGUUCAUGCUGGGCUUGAUAAAUAAAAUGAGAUUGACCUCCUAGCCAUUAUCUCAUUUAUCUGAUUUACAUUAUAAAAUCAGAAUCUACACUAUUGAUUGGAGUAUAAUUAGUUAAUUAUGACCAGGAAAAUGCAAAGUUAUGUGGAGCUUGAACACAGCAGGUUGUAGUGCUAAAAAAUUUCCAAGCACAUGUGCAGAUGGAGAUCAGCUUAUUAGAGAACAAAGCAGACAUGUUUCGGGUAUGGAAGUGUCUAAUCAUUUUCUCAUGCCGUAAAGAGAUACUUGACCUUAUUGUGUAUUGCCAUAGGACUUGCCUUGUUUCACGCUCUGGGGUUUGUUGUUUUUGUUUUGUGUUUUCUUAUUUCACUUUUAAAGUUGCAAGCUUUCUGUGCCGGAUGUAAAUAAUGAAUUGAUUCCAUUCUUUAGCUAGGCUUGGAUUUGGCUUUUCCCAAAUAGUGUUUCAUAUCAAUACCCAUCUGUAAUGAGAAAUUUUACACUAUCCUACAACCCACUCAUUCACUGUUGCCUGUGAGAGAAAUCUCCAGUAGUGUUAACAAAAUAGGUUCAGGUGUUCCACAUUGGUCUGAUGUUUGUGAAAUAAUGACUUGAAACAAGUUUCUAAUUAAUUUGUAUAGAAAAUGUUUAUGUAGGUGGUGCCUUGCACUACAAUUGUUACCUGUUACAAGGAUUAAAAUAUUUUACUUAUAGGUAUUACACCAUUGAUAGAAUAUAGAGUUUUAUGACAAUUCAUAUUAUUUAAUAAUUUUAAUGGACCUCAGUAUGUAUUUAUUCUACAUAGUAGGACAUUUAAUUGAAAUGAUUGAUCAGUGUUCACUGAAUGACUUAUUACAGUUUGUUGCUGAAAUUGUAUUUGAAUUGCUAGUAAGGUUUUAUUUAAGCAGUGUUGAUUGUCAAGACUAAUCAAAGGGAAAGUGAGAAGCGCUCCAGAUGCUCAUGUUUCUAGGUGAGAAGUGCAGUGUUCUUUAGUUUCAGAGACAGUUUCUUUAUUCAUCAUUGUAUAGGGAGUACUGACUGUUGUGCUCCAUUCAGGUAACAGAAUGUCUACCAAUAUGACCAUAAAACAGUACAUCCUUUUUAAAGUCUGAGCCUCAGAUUCUGCUUCUUUCUAAAGGCCAGUUUAUCAUGUCAUCGUAAUCUGUUUGCUUAUGAGGUUCACUCCCUAGUUGUUUGUUUGUUUUUAAAGGAAUGACUUAGUGUGUGCUACAAAUAAGCUUAUUAUUGUUGGAAAUUAAGAAAGCUAAGGAAACCUUUUUAGAGCGUUUAGAGCGAUGGUUCUCAACCUUGCUAAUGCUGCAACCUUUUCAUACAGUUCCUCUCAUGGUAAGCACUAAUCAGAAAAUUAUUUUUGUCACUAUUUCGUAACUGUAAUCUAGCUAGGGUUAUGAAUUGUGAUGUAAAUAUUUGUGUUUUCUGACACUGUUAGACAAAUCCUGGAAGGGGGGCGGGGAGUCCUGAAGGGGUCGCAAUCCACAGGUUGAGAACCACUGUUCUAGCGCCUUGACUUGUUUGCCUUUAGGCAUAAGAGAAAUUUUUGAGUUAGAUGUGUUUGCUUAUUUCCACAUUGUCAGUAGUCACUCAAUACCCAGUUUAAUGCUUGUUGUGUGGAUUAUAGCACAUAGGAAGAUCAAUCAUUUUCUCUUCUUCUCCUCUAGGGUGCUGUACUUAAUCAUAAAGCUAAGUAAAUAUUUUAAUAAAAAUAGAGCUGUGUAUAUGUAGUCUCUACAUUUUCCUAAAUCAACAUGUAAAAUACCACAGAGAACUUCUCUGUCAUUUGUGUUUGUAUCAAAUAUUAAUGUAGUAUGUAGGAAGUUGUACUUGAUAGGUACUUAAUUGGUCAGAAUUUGUUUACACUAAAAUUGGAGUUUCAUUUCUAUACUACAAAUUUUAGGAUUCUCGAUAGUCUAAUGUGCACAAUAUUUAUUAAAUAUACUCUUUAGCCAUCAAGUUUAGUUUUUAUUUAAAGACAUGUUCUUCAUAUGCUAAAUUUAUAUUCUCUCCAUGGUUAAGUUAUUGCCUUUUAUUAUAAUGUGCUGUUGGUAUAACAAUGUUUUUCUUACAUCAAUAUUUGUUUCAUUUAAUAAAGUAUGU